AACUAUGAAACAGUUAUUUAUUAUUAAAUUAUGCUGUGCCUAUUUAUCUUACUAAUAAUUUAUAAGACUGAAGUGUAAGUAAAAUCAAAAUUAAAAUCUCAAAAAGGUUGGUUGAGUAUUAUUAUUGUGCUUUGCUAAAUUGAAUACAUUCUGUGUGUGAUCAAACAAAAGAGGUUAGAGAAACAGUUAUUAAAUGUAUGUAAUAUUUUAGAAUAAAUUAUCAAAUAUGUACCUCCGUUUGAGGCUAAACCAGAUGAAAAACAGCUACAAAAAUAUUUUGUCUGUAAGCAAUAAAUUACCUCAACUUAAGCACACACAUCACAACAUAACCUUAACCUCAUGUACACCAAGCAUCAAUAAUAGAAGCCUUUUUACUUUUGGGUCAUGCAACAAGUAUGUUAAAAAUCAUACCCCAGCUAUAAGACCCCUCAAAAGAUAUUUUCAUACCACUCCACCCAACAAAGCACUCCCUCCAAUUCUGUGGGUAGUAUUAAGGGGCCUCUUAAAGUUUGGCGCCGUAAUAACUGGUAGAGGAUUAAGAAAAUGGUGGGCAUCUUUGCCCAAGAAUAAGAGACAUUAUAUUUUGCAAAGGUUGAAAGAAAAUCGCAAAAAUCUAGCCAUAGUAGCUUUUCUCACAAGUGGUGCAGUGUACGGUUAUUACAUUUCCCAUCUCGUGGAAGAUCCGAUCACAAAAAGAAAGAAGUUCCUGAUUUUCUCCGAAAAUCAGAUAAUUCAAAUGUCGAAUAUCGAGUGUGAUGUUCUGCUAGAGAACUACAAUAAUAAGAUUGUAACAUCAGGCUACCACUACAAUCAUGUCUUGAGGGUAGCUAACCGAAUCCUUCAGGCGAACAAACAUCUACCAGGAACUAAAAGAACUUGGAAAGUAUUCAUCAUCGAUGACAUUGAUACGAAAAAUGCAUUUGUUUUGCCUAGUGGGCACAUAUUUAUAUUCACCGGAAUGUUGGCUGCUGUCAGUAAUGACGACCAACUGGCUGCAAUCUUGGCUCACGAGAUGGCUCAUGCGCUAUUAAGUCAUGCGGGUGAAGUUGCAAGCAGGACUCAUCUAUUUGAGUUGUUGUUGCUUAUUCCGCUUCUUGCUCUAUGGACGUUACUCCCUACCUCAAUGGCACUUUCCUCACAUUACCUGACGGAAUAUUUAAGCAGCAUCCUAUUCCAGCUGCCAAUGAGUCGUAAGCUUGAGACAGAAGCGGACACAGUAGGAUUAGAAAUGUCUGUUAGAGCCUGCUACGAUCCUCGCCAAGCUAGUGCCUUUUGGAAGAAUAUGGAAAAAAUGUCUGAGGAAGCUGAUAUCGAAUGGUUGUCUACUCACCCUAGCCACCGGACGAGAUAUCAAACCAUAGAAGAAUUGAUGCCAGGAGCUUUCCAUAUUCUUGCUCGCCAUUGUACCACACCUGAUAAAAUGGACCCUCGUUUACCAAGGUCGUUGCCAAUCGACAUCCCACAGAUAAAAGUCUUUUAACAUCUCCAAGCGCCAAGAGGAAACUUCAAAUUAUGUGAUUUUUAGAGUCAUAACGAAUUGUUGC